CACAACUGCACGACUCUUCUUUCUUCCAGGGAUAAAGAAGAGUCUCCCGUUGGGCCAGCUCGUUCAUGGCGAACGGCGGAUCGGCACCGUCGCCAAAACCCUUCAAGUGGCUCAACAAGAGCCUCAGGCUAACCUUCCCGCGGCGGAGUUCUCACUCCAAGUCGUCUUCCUCCAACUUGAGCACUCCGUCUUCCCCGACCUCCACCUCCACCGACAGAGAGCACGAGCUCCGGGAGGUGUUCCGCCGCUUCGACGCCGACGGGGACGGCAAAAUCUCCGCCCUCGAGCUCCGGGCGUACUUUGCGUCCAUUGGCGAGUACAUGUCGCACGAGGAGGCCCGGAGCGUAGUGGGCGAGCUCGACACCGACGGCGACUGCCUGAUCGACUUCGGCGACUUCCUGAAGCUGAUGAAGAUGGACAGCGGUGGCGACGACAGCGACCUGCGGCGAGCCUUCGAGAUGUUCGAGGACGAGAAGGGGUCGGGGAGCAUCACCCCGAAAGGGCUGCAGGCGAUGCUGCGCCGUCUAGGGGACGCGAAGUCGUACGAGGAGUGCGAGGACAUGAUUAGGGUUUACGACAUUGAUGGGAACGGAGUUCUUGAUUUCCAGGAGUUCCAUCAGAUGAUGGCUUAGCUUCGGAGGGAAAGUAACAUGAUGAAGCGUGGUCUUGUCCUUGAAAUGAAAGCAAAAGCAUGAAAAGAGAAGAAAAGAGAGAGGAGAGAAGGGAAUUGCAUGGAAUAAGAAGAGCACGAGGAGUCAAAUUUAGGUCGCACACAUUGCUCGAGUCGGCCAAAGCCUACAUGAUGUUUAUGCUUGCAAGCACUAUGUAGAAUGUGCUUUUAUAAGGCAAUAUCUACGUAUGUCCAUGUUUGUCUUUCUGAAUUUGUCGCUUUCAAAAUUUAAUUUUUCGGUUGAUCUAUCAGUAAUAUGAGCUGAACCGCUUACCAACAUUCAUCAUCUAAUCA